UAAAAAAAAUUCUUUGACAUAAUAUAGGUGGAUAGAGAGGGGGGGGGGAUAGAUAUGAUAUUGUGAUGAUUAAUCUUAUACGAUCAUUCUAAAUUUAGUAAAUUUAUAUGCAUUCUACAUCGAUUUUAACAGUAGUGACACACAGUGAUGGGGUUGUGGCAGGACGAGUUUUGGUAUAACGGGGUCCAUCGUAUCACUAACUAAUGAAUGAGUAUUGGUACAAAAAUUAAGUUAAAGAACCCAACAUUUAGAUUAAGUGACAAAUCAUCCUCUACUUAGUUGGCAAGUAAAGUAUCUCAACAAAAUGUUGGUGCAAAAUAUUUAAGCGUAAGUACUUCUUUAUUAGUGGCUCGAUACUCAGUGGCGGGAAUCAUGCAUGCGAAAUGGCUUUCAUUAAUUAAAAAAAAUAAAAACCUUAAACAUCAUUGCUGGGAUCUAUACCCAAUUAUACAGCUUUAAUGGUUUACUAUAGUUAAUGGAUGUUUCUUAAUUAGAGGUGAAUAAAGGGAUCAACUUACCAUUCCAUGAAAUGCAAGGGAAUGAUUAACGGCAAUUGGCCCUUCUUGUUUAUGGGGAAUAUAUUUCCCCAUUUUCAAAGUUAAAGUUUCUGCGUUUGAUUACGUGUUCAUUAUAGCCUGGACAAUUAAUCAUACCUUAAUUGUAGACAGAACAAAUCAUAAAGAUCAGCUACAGCUACGUUGGAAUAUAAGUAAAGCAUAUGUUUAAAUAAGAUUUAAAUUGGCCAUAAUUUUGUUUGGAGAGGGAAUCAUUCUAAAAUAAAGUGAUAAGAUAUUACUUAUUAGUAAUAAACAAUUUGGAAAACCAAUCGAAACGAAAAGAAAAACACAAAUCAAAGUACUGGAAGGCAGAUAGAUAUAGUAAAAAUGAAUGAUGAGCCAUCCGAGGUGCAUUUUCGGAUGGGUUAUUCUAUACUUUAGAUGUUAGAUCGGACCGGUUCAAUGUGAAUUAAAAAUUAAUCGAGUUGCAAAUUAUUGAGAUUACGAAUCGUUAAAUUAUACCUGAAUCGGGUUGAUUCGAUUAUAUGUCAGCACCCUAGCACCAGGGUUACUGGUUUGAUCACCCGGUUUUCCAACCCGACUCCCGAGAUAUCAUCUUCAUUCCGGACCACAAACACUACACCAUCUUGGGCUUUUUAGGUGAACAAAAAAUGGCCCAUCAGUUGAACUAAGGCCGGCCCACCAAAUAUCCGGCUGGCUCCCGCAAUUGAAAGAAACUAAAAACCAGACCGCGUUCAACAGCCCAAAUAUGGCCCUCAAUGCCAAUCCUGAACCAAUACGGAUUGUGCUAACAACAAGAAGAUUCCAACCGACCAACUAGCCGGACUCCGACGUGUCUAUCCUCUUUUCCGGCCAACUUUUCUUUUUGUUCUAGUCUCCAACUUCCGACUCUCUCGCUUUUACUAACCAAAACAGGCUCCGACGUUCUGUGAUCACCAAGACUACCAAAAUUCAAAACUAACAGUCUCCUUUUCUAAAAACAGGGUCGGAUUUGUUUGUAUAAAAUGGGUUCCCCAACCCUCUCCAUCCUCAUCAUCAAGAGCCUUACUUGAUCGAUCUCUCUCCCAUCUUCACCACUCCCAAUCCCCACAGGAAUAAAAUUCCACAAUAAUAACCCUAAGCUAGAGCCAUCAGGGGCAAACUCUUCUGUUUGUGUAGGAGACUAAAUAAAUCCCAAGGCAUAGAAGGAAGAAAACAGAGCAUGGAGACUCCCAAUUGGCUCUUCUUCGCGGUGGUUUCCCUCUUAACCUUCUCCUCCCAAACCCAAAGGGCGUGCGCCGGCAACUUUAACAUCACCGAGAUACUCGACAAUUACUCCGACUACAGCCAAUUCAACGACCUCCUCUCCAGAACCCGCGUCGCCAACAGAAUCAACGGGCAGGGCACCGUCACCGUCCUCGUCGUCAACAACGGGGCCGCCGGCUCCCUCUCCGGCCAGUCCAACGAGACGAUCAAGGCAGUCUUGAAGUUGCACGUUAUCCUCGACUUCCUCAACAUGCAGAAGAUCAAGAAUCUAAAGCAGCGGUCGGCGACGUACACGAACAUGUACCAGACCACCGGGGAUGCCAACGCGUACCAAGGCAUGACCAACAUGACCAAAAACGUCGGCGACAGUAACGACCAAGUCAUGUUCGGCAACGGGAGGCGGAACGCCAACCUCACCGUCUCGUUGCAGAAGGUGGUGUCGACGGUGGUGGCGCCGGGGGGCUGGGUUUCCGUCAUUGAGGUCAGCGGCUUGAUCGAGCCCGACUGGGUUUUCAACCUCAAGGCUUCCCCGCCGAAGAAGGCUCCGUCUCCUGGCCCUUCCGACGCGCCGGCGCCGUCGAGGAGGCACAGGAAGGAGGCUCCUGAGUCGGCGGAGUCGGCGGAAGAUUACUCACCUCCCGAGCCUGAUGCCGAUGCUGAAUCCUCCGAUUCCCCGGCUCCCGCACCCGCACCUGGAGGCCCCAAAUCUGCUGCAGCGUCUUCUCCUUCCGCGGUCCCAGCUGCUGCCUUCGCCGCCGUGCUCGUUGGAUUGCUGGCCUUUAAACUCGGCUUCUGAAGCUUGCAGUGACGACGAAGAACAUAGUGAAAAGGGUUGGUUGAAAAAAUAGGGCUGGGCCGUUAAGCAAACUGCAACAAUUUGAUCUUACUAGAGUGAUCGGCUUUCACUUUUCCUUCAUUAGCAUACACCGCAGCUUUUUAUGCAUUUUUAUAUCCAUCCAUUUAUGUAAGCAGCAGUAUUAGAGAAAUAAACAUUUGAAAAGGAAAAAAAAAAAACUUGCAUCAAGAACUGCAUAAAUGGAAAAGCCAAUUCAACACUAACAAACACAUAUAAUUCAG